CAUUCUUAAGGAAAUCAGCCCUGAGUGCUCACUGGAAGGACAGAUCAUGAAGUUGAGGCUCCAAUACUUUGGCCACCUCAUGAGAAGAGAAGACUCCCUGGAAAAGACCCUGAUGUUGGGAAAGAUGGAAGGCACAAGGAGAAGGGGACGACAGAGGACGAGAUGGUUGGGCAGUGUUCUCGAAGCUACAAACAUGAGCCUGACCAAACUGCGGGAGGCAGUGGAAGACAGGAGUGCCUGGCGUGCUCUGGUCCAUGGGGUCACGAAGAGUUGGAAACGACUAAACGACUAAACAACAACAACAACAUCCAUAUACUAUUUGUAAAUACAUUUGGUUAUAUUGAUUACAUUGUACUUUUUGUGUUCCAAUAAAAAUAUUUGUGUUACACAUUAUGAGGUUUAUUUCUAUUCUGCUGGUUUUUCUAUUUCAUACAAAUCUUUCCUAUGUACACUAUAAAUUUCUUCCAUUCUUUUUGAAAAGUUUCAUCGCCCUGUUGUCGAAUUUUCCCAGUUAAUUUAGCUGUUUCUGUGGACUCCAUUACCUUCUGUUGCCAAUCUUCCACUGUUGGCAAUUGCUGUUGUUUCCAAACCUGUGCUAGCAAUAAUCUCGCUGUUGUUGUUGCAUAUAAUAACAAUUUCUGAUCACUCUUUGCAAUAUCUUUUCCAACCAUACCUAACAAGAAUGCUUCCGGUUUUUUCUGAAAUGUGUAUCCGAAGAUCUUCUUUAAUUUGUUAUAUAUGUUAUCCCAGUACGUUUUCACCUUGUCGCAUAACCACCACAUGUGAAAAAACCCCACCUUCUUUCACCCCACAUUUCCAACAAUUUUUACUUCCUUUUUUAUACAUCCUUGUUAGUUUGGUUGGAGUGAGGUACCACAUAUACAUCAUUUUUAACAGAUUUUCUUUUAAUGGUGUACAUGCUGUGAAUUUUAACCCUGUAUUCCAUAAUUUUGACCAUUUUUCAUAUUCAGUAUUAUGUCCUAUAUCCAUUGCCCAUUUGGUCAUAACAUCCUUAAUUUCUUCAUCUUUUGUGUGCCAUUCUAGUAGAAACUCAUAAGUUUUAGACAAUGUUUUUAUAUUAUUUUGUAGUACUGCAGUUUCUAAUACAGUGGUACCUCGGGUUACAUACGCUUCAGGUUAAGACGCUUCAGUAAAUUGUCUUUUAUUUUAUUUAUAAUAUUUUGGCUUUGUUUUUUCCUUAAUUGCCAAGCCAGCAGUUUCCCAGUUUUGUUUGAUGAUUCAUAAUUUUGUUGUUUUAAUACUUUUAAUCUUUUAUGUUUCAUGUUUCCUUUAGGUUGGUGGGUUUUUUAAAUGUUGUUUCAUAUAUUCCCACUAGGGGUCGUAUGUUACCUUGUUAGCCAAUAAACUCAAUAAACUUGUUCUCUUAGCUGCUAUUCCCCCUUCCACCAGCGGACGUCUCUGACCUCUUAAGUACCUUUUUAAAAUGUUCCUUCCUCCUUAUCUAGAUGGUUUCCUUAUAUUGAAUCUCCCCUCUUAGAAAAUGCUACACAUAAUUAAAUACCCAAGAACAUACAUAAUAAUCACUAAUUUUCAGGUUACAAUCUGACUGCAUCUAACCCCAUAUAUCCCCCGGUAGUUUGUUUCUUCCAAGUCCUGGAGAGAUCCUUUCUUUCCUAAAAGAUAAAAAGACAUUGAGCACCUCCCCCUCUAAGUUCUUCUCUUUCUUCAAUCUUCAGCCUCUUAUUCAGUUUUCAUUUACAACCUCUGACUGAGGCAGUGGGGGUGGGGCGAUACACGUCGCACAUUUACUGGUUCAGUACCUUCAGUACGGUCUUUACAAUGUUUUCAACAAUGGUAUAGAGAGAGGGUAAACCGUUGAUAUUCCGAAAACUCCUCAGCAGGGAUACAGUGGUACCUCUGGUUGCGUACUUAAUUCGUUCCGGAGGUCCGUACUUAACCUGAAACUGUUCUUAACCUGAAGCACCACUUUAGCUAAUGGGACCUCCCGCUGCUGCUGCCGCCGCGCCGCCAGAGCACGAUUUCUGUUCUCAUCCUGAAGCAAAGUUCUUAACCUGAAGCACUAUUUCUGGGUUAGCGGAGCGUGUAACCUGAAGCGUAUGUAACCUGAAGCGUAUGUAACCUGAGGUACCACUGUACAAAGUUCCAGACCUCUCUCGGGUACGCUGAGUUUCCUGGGCAUUCGAAACAUUGCCUUAAGUCCCACAGUCAAAUUUAUUUUAUCCACCUUUCAUCUAUGCCUCCUUUUCCCCCCUUAGGGUACUGGGACUCUUUCCCCCUUAUUGCUGACUUCUGGAAGCAAAGGCUUGGAGAAGCAUAGCGUUGGGGUAAUCUGGCUGCCAGUUGGCCCAUGGCCUCCUUCAAUGCACUGGUGAGGUCUGCGUAAGUCCUAGACUGAGUGAUGUUAGAGACAGUCACUUGCCCUGUGAUCAAGAUGUCAAGGUUUAUGUCACAGGUGCUUUUCCCAACAGGGGUUCCUUCCCCUGUGAAGAGGUGGCAGAGGGGCCCUUUUGUGGGUCCCAUCAAGUAUAGGUAUUGAUGGGUAAGGUUCAGGGCUGUCAGGUUCCAGGAAGUGAUGUCCCCAGUGGAGUAUUUGUCCAAGGUCACAGCCACUGCUACCAAGGGCAGGCCUUGCCUCUGGUGACUUGGUGUGUGUGUGGAGAUCCAGCAGUUGGGGUAGGGAGCUUCUCUGGCCACCUUGCUCCACAUUUGAAUAUUUCCUCCUGGUCCCAGGAGCAAAGAAGAUCUUGCUCCGGGUACAAAGGGGUUGGGCCAAAGUGCCUCGGUGCAAUGCCUAGGGGAUGCAGAGGGUCAUUGGUUUUCAGAAGUCUCAUGUCCUUGGCAACCCCCCGCACCUCUGAGGCCCGCUGUGGUCCACUCGGAGUUUUGUGCAGCCCCCGCAGAGUGAAGCCAGCCUUCCAGGUAUUCUGGCCCUUCCCAGUCGUUGGUUACUCCAAUGUCCCAGAGGCAACAAAAUUGCCGUAGGAAAAGUCCUUGUAGGUGGGUUUUCUGGGGCUGAGAGUCCAUUCAAAGGCAUUGGAACCCCAAAAUUAAGUUCUCUGGGGGGUGGUUGGAAUCUGUGUAGAUGUAAACAGCUCCCGCAUUGUCCACCUCUGUCCAGUUUGGGUGCUUGGUAACUUCCCCUUGGCUGUAAAGGAAGUAGCUACCGUUCGUACAUCGCAGGCGAUUUUGUUGAUUAUCCAGGGUAAAAAUGGCAGUACCCAGGCGGAUGUAAUGUCUGUCUCAUAUAAAAAGUUCCCAAUAUUGAGUUCCUUGGAGCUGGGGUGUCAGUGAGUGUCUGAGCAAGGCUCGUAACUCAGGCUGACAGUAGUCAAAUUCCCCCAUUCAAUCCAUGUUUGACUUGCCCCCGCAGUCUACAGUGUCAUAGUCAAGGAAAUUGUUGUCCGUUUGUAGACCUGGGCAUAAGUCCAAGGGGUGUGCAUAUGUGAAGUCCUGUUUCUGCAUGAUUAUCUGUGCUGGUGUGAAGUUCUGCUCUGCAUACUUUUAUUAAUUAAACUGAUUUUAUGUUGCAUUUUGUAUCUAUUCACGACGUCAUUUGUAGACCCAGUAGGUGGCGCUGUGGUGCCAGUUUGUGCCAGUUUGUGAACAGUUUGUGACAGUUUGUGAACGGCAGAAUAUUGACAGAUCAAGUAUACGGCAAUGGAAAGUCAGACAGAAUAGAAAAUAUUUUGGCUACAUUCUUCCAGUUACAUUUUUCUAUUCUAGUUACAUCUCCUAGUGUAAGAAAACACCUUUUAGAAAGAUACAAAAGGGCAAUACAUUUGAUAGAGUCCACAGUUGCAUUCCACAGCUACGUUCUUUAGUGGUAUUACAGCGAUACAGAAGUAAAAGGUACAAGUAAAAAGAUGCAUUCUUUGUUAGCAUAGAAAUACGCAACACUGAGAGGUUCAUUUAUUAACUCCCCUCUCUGAUCAGGGCUUCUCUUAUGACAACAUACUGUAUUCUUGUGCUGAUUGAGCCCUCUUUCUUUCUUUCUUUCUUUCUUUCUUUCUUUCUUUCUUAUGCACACACCCCAACAGUUCUCCAGAGCAAGCUGCAACACACCCACCCACCAACUGUUCGCCAGAGCAAGCGGCCCUCCUCCUAUCUGAAAAGGCCACGCCUCUCUUGCCUGGUGUGUCCCUGCUUGCCCCGCCCCCUUCUUUUCACGCCUACAUCCGGGCUUUCUGGCCUCGAGACGAAUGUGCUGACGUCAGAUAUAUAAAGGCCCUCGGCUCCUUUGUUCCUUCUCAGUGCGUCGUUGCUGAUCUACUGGCGGUUUGGAGGUAAGCUCGCGCGGGGGGGGGGGGCGAGAGAGAAGCGCACGCGCGCACGCCUUUCGAAUCGCCCGCGCUUUACUGUCCACCCCCUACACACACCGCUUGCUUACACCGGCGGCAGUGAGGGUGGGGGGAGAUUCGCCUUCUGCGAUCUCCCGUUUAUUCCUUUUUAAUUCCGCACACGCCUUCUCAACGCCCGUUCCUCUCAUUCAUACGGAGGCGCCAUUUUAAACCGUGAGGGAGGGGCGGGCGGGGGCCGAUUGCCGCCUUGGGCCAGCCCUGAGGGGAAAGUGAGCCGGAGGGGGAGGGGAAGGGGGGCUGGCCUGGCAGGGAGGGAGGGAGGGUCGCCAAAGCCGCCAUUUUGCGAUCGCCUUCAGCCCCUCCUUUGUGGCCCCCUCCCCUUUCUCCGAAGUGCGCAUUGCGCGCGAGGGCGCCGGGUGGGCGCUGGAAACCGCGACUGCGCAGGCGCGACUCGUUCUUUUCUUGCGUCUUAAUGGAAUGCGCUUUCACCCCCUCCCCUAUUCUUGGCGGUCUCAGCGUCGCGCAUGCGCGGCCGCAGGGUUACCUGAAUGUGGCCUUUUGUCAUUUUGGGUAUAUUCAGUUGCUUGCUUUUCUUUAAUUUCCGAGUUUCCCUCCCCCCUCUCUAUUGUAGCCAAGAAAGGCUCUGAGAGCGGCUUAUAAAAUCACUACUAUAAAAGCAUAAAUCUCUCAUGGCAGCGGCUGUCCUUGGGGUUAAGAGUCUAAAAAUAAAUUUUAAAAGGUGUAGGAUGGAGGAGGGGAGAGCAAAAGCCUCAAGUGCAAGUUUGGGGGAAGGGCUGUAGCUCAGUGGUGGAGCAGCUGGAUGUACCAAUCAGCUUACUGUGUUGGACCUUGUUGAACAGAGUUUUUUUAAAUCCUGAAAGUUCCUCACUGAGCCUUUAGCCAAUAAUGUUGUGAUGGUGGAGUAUAGAAACAUUGCAAAGCAUACAUAGUGGUGGUCUAAUAUAUUCAGAAGUUACUUGUUUAUAUUAUUGUUUAGGGAACUGUUCAAUAGAAUUCUGAAUGUAUUCCUUGUCUCAAUAAAGGGGCUAAGUAGUUUCCCCUCCUUCCUUUUAAUGGGAAAAAAAUUCAGGUGGGGGAACUACUUAAAUAUCCCUGUGGGAUAUUUCUGUGUAAUAUACAAAAAAAUAAUGCAAAUGGAUACGAAAAGAUGUAAGGAAGUAUAAGAUAACAUAAAAAGAAAAAAAUAACUAUUAGUACAACAGAAAAAAGAAAUGGUAAAUACAGUGGGAAGUGAUGGGGGGAGUUUUAUGUAUAUGAAUAAGAAUGUAUGGUGAAAGGAAUUGUAUAAGUUUGAAUAGAUUUUUAUUAGUAUAUUUGGACAUACCAUACAAAAGAAUGUUUUUGUUAUUAAUCAAUUUGAAUAAAGUUUUCAAAAAGCAAAAUAAAUAAAUAUCCCUGUGGGAGACAGCUCCCUUUGUAGUAACCACUGUGGUGCAUUUUCAACCUUUUUCAGUUUUAAAAAACCAUAGGGGAGCUGUUGUAUUUUCUUCCCCUGUGAAUGUUUCCUUAUCUUAAAUUAGGUUUGCUUUUCUUUUUUUAAAAUUGUAACAGUUUCUUGCAUUAGAGCUUUUGCUUGCAGGUAGUAAUUAAAGGGCCAUUGUUCUGGAUUUUGGGGCACUGUGUUUGUAGUGUCAAUAUUUGUUCUCAAUUAGAUGCAAGGCCUUGGUCACCACAGAAAUGAUGCUGCCAUUUCUGUUUAGCAACUAAGGGCAUGGACAAGAACCAUCAAGCCCUAAUCAGAUUUUUCAAUAUCUGCAUAUUGCUGUCUGAGGAAUUAUCCUGUUGUUUUGUCAAAUAUUUCCAAAGGACACAAGCUUCUCCCCUGUUUCAAGUUGAAUGUGUGUUGUUCCAGAUCCCAAACUGUGUCAAAAUGGUUGAAGCAGAUCGUCCUGGCAAGCUGUUCAUUGGUGGGCUGAACACAGAGACUAAUGAGAAGGCUCUUGAAUCUGUCUUUGGCAAAUAUGGCCAUAUAGUAGAGGGUAAGCACACAGCCUUUUUAGGGCAUAAUAUUAAGUUAAAGGUCUGCUUUGAUGAACUUAACAGCUUUGAUCAGUUGAAGUGAUAGAGCUUAUACGUCCUCUAAGAAGUUCUGAGCAGGCUUGUGUACAAUUUGGGAUACAUCAUUCUAUGAUGAAAGUGGAAUAACACUUUUGUCUUUCUUCAGUUCUCCUUAUGAAAGACCGUGAAACCAACAAAUCAAGAGGGUUUGCUUUUGUUACCUUCGAGAGUCCAGCAGAUGCCAAGGAUGCUGCCAGAGAUAUGAAUGGAAAGGUAGUAACUAAUGUGUUAAUUGCAGAGUGUCAAGCUGAGGGUGAUUGGAUUGAUUGGUUGACAGAGUUGCUUUUAUUCAGUUAAUGAGACAAGUUCAGUGAUGUGUUAUAAUGGAGUGAAUGCUUGGGUAAUAGCAUUUAGGGAAGCUAAGGGAAUUUGUUUAAGGAUGUUAAGGGUUAGCUUUAAGACAAAUAAAGCCUGAUGGCAUAUUUUCUUCCAGAAUGCUAGUAUGGGCAUUCUAUGGGCUACUCUUAAAUUAAGAACGAAACUGGAUAUCUCAAGAACUGCUGAAAUAAUACAGCAUUGUUUCCUGAUUGUGAUGGCUCAAUCAGUUAUUUCUAGAACAUACCUGUAGAGACUGUUACUUUUUAAUAACACACAUCAUGGCAAAACCUUUGCUUCUGAAAAUUGGUUUGAAUACACUUGGAAACUAAAGAUCUAGAAGAAUUGUAUGUAAACAAAUAAGAUUGACAUACUGAAAGCAUGUAGCUGUAGAAUAUGGGUGUUCAAUUUUUAAGUUGACCUUGGUUGGUUAAAUCCUUGAGUGGUCUACAAAAUGUGGUUAAAACAAUAUAUUCAUUUUUAAAAUUAGGUUUUUUAUCUGCAUAAUACCAAACCAAAUGUAUUUGCCAGAAACCAGACCAGGGAUAAGAACUGAGGCACUCUGUCCUACAAAAAGCAUUUGCAAUUAAUGCUGAGUUAGAUUCCUUUGUUCAGUCUUUAGAUGGAAGAUCAAUUAAAGUUGAACAAGCUACCAAGCCAUCCUUUGAAACUGGUAGACGUGGGCCCCCUCCCCCUCCAAGGAGCAGAGGUCCUCCAAGAGGUUUUAGAGGCGGAAGAGGUGGAAGUGGAACACGGGGUCCUCCUUCAAGAGGGAGUUACUUGGGUAUGUGUGUUUUCCCAUGUGUAAUUGUGCAGCAUACAAGCCACUGCAUAGAGAAUGCUGGUUUACAGCUUCCUCUCAAAAUCAAGACACAAUUAGGACGGUGCAAUACCUGGUUUUCAACAUUCUUAUACAGUGGUGCCUCGGGUUAAGUACUUAAUUCGUUCCGGAGGUCCGUUCUUAACCUGAAACUGUUCUUAACCUGAAGCACCACUUUAGCUAAUGGAGCCUCCUGCUGCUGCUGCGCCUCCGGAGCACGAUUUUUGUUCUUGUCCUGAAGCAAAGUUCUUAACCUGAAGCACUAUUUCUGGGUUAGCGGAGUGUGUAACCUGAAGCGUCUGUAACCCGAGGUACCACUGUAUAUCAGCAGCUAAAUAUUGUGAUAUACUGAUACAUUCCAAACAUCAUGAUACAUCUCAGCUGCUGCUUUUCUCCACCUUAGGAGAGGAAUAAACAGCCUAGAUACAUAUUCAAUGCCCUGCAGUUAAGUAAGGCCCCAUAUUGCCUUAAACUGCUUGGCUGAGGGGCAAGAAGCCCCUCAAAAUAUCUGAAACAGAUACCGCUUCAGAUAAUUUACCAAUAUAUCACCCAGCUCUAGACAUAAUACAAAUGAUGAAUUUCUGGUGGUUAUUUUACCCUUUUUGGAAGUUUGGGAAAAGAUUGCCGUCCUGCUAUUUCACAGGAUGAAUGCUGUUCUUGUGUUUGAUGUACUCAGGUAUAGAGAUGAAGCAAGUGAACUUGUAGGCUUGCUUAAAACAUUGAGGUGUAUUUUGGAAAUUGGUCCAGGGGUUAAUCUCAUGUUAAGCAUAUUGGUGAUAUGCCUUCACUGAAAUUUUGCAAGCUUAGGCAAAAGUUAUUCAAUCGGUGUUUUGAUGUUGUUCUUCAAUCAGUGUUUUGAUGUUUUUUGAUGUUGAAACAGUUUAUACUGCUCCACACAGUUGGUUUUUUUAAUGUCUUAAACAAAGGUGAGUUUCUUAGUAUUUGCGUAUAAGCUAUUGGCAGCGAUUUUUGCUGUUUAUAGCUGUCCUGCAUUAUUUGCUGUUUUGAGAUUAAACAGUAAAUAGCAAUUUGAAUCUUUUGUAGUCCAUGGUCCUGCUUUGUUGAACUCCAAAUUUUAGAAUCGAAGGUUUGAUUUGAUUGAUAUUUGUCUUCUACUUUUCCCACAACAAAUGUUGAGCUCAAAGGGGGUCACAAAAUUCAUAGUAACAUUAAAAAACAAGUAUUGCAAUCCCUGUAAUAACAAACACAGCAGCAAAUAAAUAAACAACAAGUUCAUUAAAAUAGAACAAUAAGAUCAUAGUAGUUUAAAUUAUUGGAAACAGCUGCUGAGAAUCAGUUCUAUUCCAAAUGACAUUCUCUCUCUGGGAAGGGACAGUGCAGGAAUAUUCUGUGUGUAUCAUGGGUACUGCCACAGUAGUACAUUGUGCUCCCAGUGAGGCAGAUCUGUCUGAGGAAUCCUGUUUCUGUUAUCUAGCUGACACAUUGCUGCUCUUUUAGGUUCUUCUAGAGGCCCUCUACCGAUGAAAAGGGGUCCACCCCCACGUAGCGGUGGCCCACCACCUAAAAGACCUGCUCCUUCUGGACCUGUUCGUAGCAGUAGUGGAAUGGGAGGCAGAGGUAAUUUAUUUAUCACUUUGAUGCCAAACAGCAUGUAAAUGUAAUAAAGUAUUUUUUUAUUGUCCAUUGCAUGGAUCCACAAAUUUGUGGUGGUUGGAGAAAGGCUUUUACAACUUUGCUGAGUUUUACUGGCACUCAGAAAUAGCAAGGUAGUUGUGCUGCUUCCAGGACCCUCCAGCAGUGCUAAGUUGGGAGCAAGUCCCCGCUAGUGUCUCUGUGUUAGGGCAGAUACCCCUUGCUGGAUUACGAGGUGUGAAUUGACACUCCUUAGUUAUGCUGGAUGACUGCGGUGUUCAGCAUAUCUCCACAUAUGGGUCGUAUCCAACACAUUUGAAAAAGGAUUCUUGAAUUGUAGAAUAUGGGCUAAAUACUCACUAGUCAGCCCUUGUCGAUGUAUGCUUAGUUUGACUAGGCCUCUGUUUACAAGAACUGAAAGCAACUUUACUUUCAGUAUAAUGUAGGACUUUGCUAUCUCUUCAUCUUGCUGAUAGAGGUUGUAUUGAACUUAAACCACCACAGAAAAGUUUGAUCCGGUAUGGUGUGGUCUUAUCUCAUGGUGGGAACAACUUUCUUUACUAAUACCUUGUUUUCAGAAGGCUUUAUUUCAAAAAUAUUUCAUUUUCUGCUUGAUUACUUAAGCACCCCUUUCACGCGGUAGAGACAGUUAUGGAGGACCGCCACGCAGAGAACCACUGCCAUCACGAAGAGAUGUCUAUUUGUCUCCAAGAGAUGAUGGUUACAGUACUAAAGACAGGUAAAAUCAAACCCUGUUGGAUAUUUUUCAGAUCAAGGAACUUAAUUAUUGAACUUAAUGCAUUUUGAUUGCAGAAGUAGUGAUUUAAUGGAAAGGGUGUAAGGGGAGCACAUCUCUGGGACAUUUUUUGGACUGGGCGUGUCCCAUCUGUCUGGACAACCAGACAAUUGAUUUGUUCUGGCAAAUCAAUGAGAUAAUGAGGCUUUCGGCGUUUACUGUUUAUGAACAAUUUGUUAUCUGCAUGAAGGAAGAAUGAGGAGAAUCAAAGUGGCCGGCUAUUUUAAUUGAAUUUGUACUUAAUGCUAGCCAUUUAAAUUGUAGCAAGUAAUUGUAGAAUUGGUUGUAUUUCUUAUUUAAAGCUAAAUGCUAAUCAGAGAUGUUAACUCAGGUUUCUGUAACCUAAGUUUAAGAUGCUAGUGGCUACACCACCUUUUGAAGUUCAGUAUUCUAUGACUUGUCAGCCAAGUCUAAUUAGAUGUUACACUACGUCUCCUCCACUGGUGGUAGGGUGGUAGGGUGUCUGCUGCUGCAUUAGGACUUUGCUUGAGCGUAUGGCUGUGAGCUGUUAUGAGGAGCUCCUGCACUUCACUAUCGGAAAAAAUACUUUAGUUUUCAUUUCCAUAGCUAUUCAAGUCGGGACUAUCCAAGCUCCAGAGACACAAGAGAUUAUGCCCCACCGCCAAGAGAUUAUGCCUACCGUGAUUAUGGUCACUCCAGUUCACGUGAUGAGUACCCCUCAAGAGGCUACAGGUAGCUAAUGUUCGAUUUUGUGUGUUGUUGAACAAAUCUCUCAUAUUCCAUUAACAAGCUAGUCAAGCUCAUUGUUCAAUUGGCAAGUUCCAGAGACACAAAGGAAUAUACUCCACCUCCAAGAGAUUAUGCCUACCGUGACUAUGGUCAUUCCCGUUCACGUGAUGAGUAUCCCUCAAGAGGUUACAGGUACUUAACGUUCACUUUUGUGUAUUCUCAAACAAAUCUUUUAAUAUUUCAUUCAACAAGUUAGUCAAGCUUAUGUUUCAGAUUGCAGUGUACCUCUUUCUACUUGAUUCAAACAAUAAGCACAAUAAUAUAACAAGUGUCUUGUGGCAACUUGAGCAGCCUCAUUAUGCCAGAAGGUUUGGUGGACUACAGUCCUUUUCAUCAGACACUUUUGAAGUCUUACCAUACCUACUUGCAACUAAGGAUAGUACUUCAUGUGUCAGGUGAAGUGGAAUGUGAUCCAUGGAAGCUUAUGUCAUAAUAAAUCUUUAUAUUUAAGGUGCUACAAGAACAUGUAUACCCCUCUUACGUUACAGAAGAGAAACCAAAUCUCCAUACCUCACAUGAACAAUUGUUGGCUUUCUUGACGCAGUUCUAAAGCCACUAGUGAGCCAUGUGAAGGUGAAUAAUGUAGGUCUAUGGGAAGCUAUAUGUCAUUAUUUUCUAGAGCACCAUCUAUGUUUAUCAGGGAUGGGGCAGAUUUCAGGCUUUUGGAAUAUACUUUAUUUGAAACUAAAACCUAGGAAUCUAUUAACAGGAACCUAGUGUAAAUGAUGUACUUGGAAUUAAAGAAUUUUGAGCCCAGGAGUUCAACUGAACAGCGCUCAUGUUCUACGCACAUAUCCAUUAAUGGUUGCCACAAGCUUUCUACAUUUUGCUGCUAUAAUUUUGAAUCACAAAUCUUUUCUGAUCUACUAAUAGAUCCAGAUCUAUCUUCUGACUACCACCCCUGAUAUUCAUGAUGAUCUGCAAAGAACAGCUUUGGCUAGUUCUUGCCCCAAGCGACUUACGUAGACACAAAGGAAAUAGUGGGGAGGGUAACUGAGGCAAGGAUAGAUAGAUCUUUGAUUAUUUUAGUUAUGUGUACUUAGACUGAAUCAGGCAGGGUAUUGGGACUAAAGGGUGGGUCAUCUCAAAACCACUUGGAUGGGAGACUACUUGGGAACCAAAUCUAAGAUCUUUUGAGGAAGAACAGGGUAUAAGUGAAAGGGCUACCUUACUCUGUGCAAAACUCACCUAGCGAUGGCCUGUACUAAACCCCAGCAGUUAUUCCUCUUACAGUGAUCGUGAUGGCUAUGGAGGGCGUGACCGGGACUACUCUGAUCACCCAAGUGGGGGCUCAUACAGAGAUUCCUAUGAGAGUUAUGGUAAGUGCUUAUUUUGAAGGUCUUAAGGGACUCAGUAGGCCUCACUCUUGACUUAAUAGACUGCAUCUACUUAAGUGGGGAAUUGGCAUUCUGGGCUUGUCCACUGCAGUGAAAAUACACCGGUACUUCAUUUUUAACAAAAUGAUUGAAUUACAGUUCCCAUAAACUAACGAAGCAAAAGUUCAACUGUUCUGAAUUGCAUCUAUCACUGGAAAAAAAAUGGUGGAAUUUCUGCUGUAAAAAUAGCAAGCUGUUCUGGAAUAAUCCCAAAAAGAGCUGCCUUGAGAAAUAUCAUCGUCUUCAAACAGCCUUUAUUUCGUUCACUAUCCGAUACUCCCCUGCCAAAUGUCCCAACAUGUGAGAUUAUAUUAAAACUUUCAGUUAAUACAAAAGAGUAACAGACACCAUUGAUACAAAUUCUUUUAAACUCAGAUGUAAAGUUGUGGUGAUAUGAUUUAUAGUGUUGUCCUAUUACCUGACCAUUGAACCUGCAGGUAACUCACGUAGUGCUCCACCUGCACGAGGGCCCCCUCCAUCUUAUGGUGGAAGCAGUCGCUAUGACGAUUAUGGGAGCACCCGAGAUGGGUAUGGUGGAAGUCGAGAAAGUUACUCAAGCAGCAGAAGUGAUGUCUACUCAAGUGGCCGGGAUCGUGUGGGAAGACAAGACCGAGGCCUCCCCCCUUCUAUGGAAAGGGGUUAUGCUCCUCCACGUGAUUCUUACAGCAGCUCCAGCCGCGGAGCACCCAGAGGUGGCGGCCGUGGAGGGAGCCGCUCUGAUAGAGGCGGAGGCCGAAGCAGAUACUGAAACCUUUUAAAGUGCUGGACCAAAUCAGUUUUUUCCUCCAACAAAUGAAAUGUGGAAAUUCUUUCCUUACUCCAGAGGACUACUGAAACAUAUGUUUUUAUCUUUUUUAUUGUUGCUUGUUAAGUUCCCCUCCAUUACUUAAUGUUUUUUUGUGAGGAGAAAGUAAACUUGUUUUAAUUUCAUUUCAAAAUUGUUAAUAUUUGUCUCAGAAAGCAGAUGUUAAUGUAUGACAUUUUUAGCCUGUGUACUAGUGUUGUAACUUUUUAAAGUAAAGGUUAACCCUGAAAUGCAACGCUCUCACCUCAUCCAUGAAACCGGCAACCCUAAGGCUUCCCGUACAACGUGCAGCCAUCUAAAAUGGCCAUGGAUCGUUCUACACAUGCAAACGUGUGCCUUCUUUCUAGCAAACCCAUUUUAGCUUUUGGAGGGUGGUGGGAUGUGUGCCAAACUAAAAUGUUAAAACAUCCUCUCCAUGCUGAAAUGCACACAAUGCUCCAAAAUAGAAAAUUUCUUCAGUCUUGUAUAAAAAUUCAGGAUACCAUUCAGUCAUUAAAUCAAAACGACAUACGGAUAAUGCUGAAUGUACGUUGUUCCUUUCUACAUAUUUCAUUUGGGAAUUUGCAAGAACAUCACCCCCCAAAAUAACAUUAACCUGUAGUAAGCAAGCUACAGAUCUGUAAGUAAGAGGUUUGGCCAGUUCCAUCAAAGAAGCUGCAAAACGGUACUUGCUCUUACUGUUUCAAAUUUUUGCAAUCCUGUAGUGUCUCAUUUUUAAAGGAACAUCUUUGACUCCAAAGGCAAAAUGGAGAAAAUAAGAUAAGCAAAGAAGUCUUUCUCUCCAACUUCUGAAAGGCUUAUGGCUUCAUAUAAACAAGUUUCAACUUUCAGCAUUCCACAACAGAUUUAAAGCAUCAAAUGCGUGUGAAACAGCAAAGAUGGUAAGCAAAGCAAACUAGUUUUUCAGUCUAGUCAAACUGAAACCAGAACUACUGUCCUUAAAUACGGUAGGACAUGCUGUACAUCAUGGCAAUGGAAGCUUUUAAAUUUUAAAGCAGCACCCAAUGGAAAAACUGCUGGAUAGCCUUAGGCGAAGCCUUACAAAUUCAACAUAACCUUAUCUUAGAUGAAACUGUAUGGCACAAAGCUUUUGAAAGCAACACUAAGAAAGCAACUCACUGUAGACAAACAUUUCUUUAAAGGGUUGGGAGGGGUUAUUUUUUGCCCACUAUGUUUCAAUGAAGAACUUAAAAAACAACAACUGCUUGUACUAUACUAUAGUAGGAAAUUAAAAUGCUAACAAAUCAGAAAUUGGCUUAAAUAGCCAAAAUCUAUACCAGCUUGGGGAAUUUCAGACAAGCCGUUAAUACGAACCUGAUGUUUAGUUGGAUGCCUGACUUCUUUGUACUAAGUCGGGUGGGCAGUUUUGAUACAAAUAGCAGAACCUGUGGCAAGUUGUCAUGACCCAGGUGCAGCCAGGAAGUCCAAAAGAUGCUCUUGAAAUGUAGUAAGACUUGAAGACCUCCAACUAAAGUUCUGCUAUAAUCCUCAAAACAUAUGCCAGUCAAGUUAUGGAUUUACCAUGAAAAGCACCAUUGGAAAGGAAAUGAGAAUCCAUAAGCCAUUCCAGUUCAUUCCAAUCCAGUGAACCUUCCACCUCUCAAACUUAAAGCAUUAGUGCUUGAAGCAGGUUAAUUGGCAAACACAGGGGUUCUUGCUGUGUUUCUGGGGGUGGUUAGGGGCUUGGGCAGUUUGUGCUAGAAUAAUUUUUCAUGCCUGUUUUAAUUGUUGCAGGAUGACUGCUGUUUUUAAGAUGUGACCUGGUGCAUGGCAGUGCUGGUGGACAACAUGGGUUUCUACUCUAAUAGUACAACAGGUAAGCUGUGGAUGGAUGCAAUGUUAGGAAUACUUCAUACUUUUUGCAAAUUAAAGAUGGGCAGAUAGAAUGUACAACUUAAAUUGCUGAUACCUUCAGUGAAAUUUGUGGUGAGUUCUUGGCUGCUCAAUUUGGGUAAAUAAAUAACCACCCUGUUUUGGAAUCUAGCCUUUGCAAAUUUCUGAAGGAAGAGGAGAGAAUAAACUAGAUUUCUUUUAAAGGGAAGCUGUGAAUGGCAUUUCGGUAAAAGAAUAUGCAGAUGCCACUGAUACAAGUUCAAGCUUUGGAGAGGCUCUGCUAGGAAUGGUGACUUCAAUACCAGUGUAAAUGAGUUAAAUAUGCUGUCAGGGUUCAGUUCACUUGUUGCCCUGAUACCUGGAAUGCCCAUAAUGGUGGCAUAGAAAGCUGUAGACUUUAAUCUCUGAUGAAAACUGUUUGACCAGGAUUUCAGACAUGCUGUUCAGUAGUCUUGGGAGUAUUACUAUUUUUCACCUUCCACAUACGUCCCAAGGUGAUGUAUGAAAUAAAAUAAAAACAGCAGAAAAAUAGCAAGACGUCCGUGGCAAAGACAUAGUCAUCCAACUAGGGAAGCUUGCCGGAAUUAAAAACAACAACACUUCAGUUCUCUCUCUCUCCCCCACCCCACCCAAAAGGAAAGGUAGUGGGCAGAUGCCACAGCUCAGGUACAGGCAAACACUGCCCUCUAGAUGUUUUGGACUACAACUCCCCUCAUCCCUGACCACCGGUCCUGUUAGGGAUGAGGGAAGUUGUAGUCCCAAAACAUCUGGAGGGCCAAGUUUGCCUAUGCCUGCCAUAGCUAAACAGUUGCAAAAAAUAAACAUUAGCAGUGAGCAGAAUAAGGAUUCAGCAGUCACAUUGCACCUAAUAAGGAUCCUUGAGUAUCUAAUGUGUUUGGGUUUGGCUUUUUAGAGGAAGCCUCUUCUAUCCCUUAAGGAUCAUGUGUCCGCUUCCGACUGUAAAAUAACACUUGAUAAAAGUGUUGAGUUGCAGACCAUAGUAGUUUAUACAGUCUGUAUUUUGAGUUUGUUAUCUGCAUCAAAGCAUACCUAGUCAUGACUGUCCCUGAGCAAAUCAUAGUUUUUUGAUAACUUGCUUUUGAGACACAGCUAAUGUUACUCUUUUCAUCUUAGGUACAAGGUUAAUUGUGGCUGACAUUUGAGGAAUGGAUGCCCAUGGAGAAUGCAGCUGCUGAGCAGCUUAAAUAUGUCUGCAGUGUUUAAUGAAGACGUUUCAGAGGGAAGUCAGAUCUUAAAUGCCAGUGUCAGUCAUUGCUGUGAGCAUUGGAUGUUCAUAGAAGAGAAGAGGAAGAGGCCUAAAUGUCAGAAACAGCUGGAUACAGAUUGUUUGUGUCCUCUUACAAAUACUGUGUAGCAAAAGUUGUUGGCAUGUAAUGUGCUACUCUGGCAGUACAAUACUAUAUGAUCACAUCUUCUGGAGGAGUUUGGUUCCAGGGGUUCCAUAUAUACGCAAAAACACUUACUCUCUAGCCUGUGGAACUCCCACACACUUGAGCAUCCCGGGGUUUCCAGAGCUGGCAUGCCAAGAGGGCUUCAACACCCCCAUCCCAAGCAAGGCAGAGAGCCUUUAACCCAAUGCAAAAAAAGAGCUCUCUGCCUUGCUUACUUUUCACUUUGCAGGAUUUCAACCAGGAGUCUUCAACCAUGUAUGUUAUGUUUUGUUUAUUGAAAAUUUUAAAAACAAAGUUUGUAAAAAUGACUCAAAUCCUGCAAGUUAAAUGCUUGUAACAUUGUAUUUGAGUCUUUGGUAUGAGGCAAGCUGAAGUGUUAUCUAUGAUAGAUGUAGGAUAAUUUUUACAGCUUGGCAAAUUAAUGUUUAGAGCUAGAAGGCAAAUGAAAUAAACAUGCCUCAGGUGUUCUCUAGAGCAUUUUCAGGAAGCACAAAAUUGCAUGUGUUUUGAAAAAAAGGGUUCUGAAAAAGGUGUGAAGAUUGGUAAUGAAGAAAACUUGGGGUGUCUUUCUUGUGGUUCCAAGUGAGCUACUGUUACAAAUGUAAGAAGUUGCCUUGUUCAAACAGACAUGUCAACCAGAAAAAGGUCCCAACCCCAAAAUGGAGAUUCUGACAACUUUAAAGUUCCACUAAUCAAGAUAAUUGUAUUAAAUCCAUUGUUGGAAUAAAAAUGUUCAUUUUUCUAA